AUGUACGUCUUUGACCGCAACAUCGACGUAGAGUCCAUCUCCAAGUUCUUCCAGAUAUCUCACUCCACAUUGAAGGAGGUGUGCCUCGGCCUGGCAGUUUUUAUGUUCGUAACCGGCGCCGGCUCCUACGUCCACGUCUUCACGAGCAUCUUCCAGGGCGGCCUGCUGCCGCUGCUCGGCUCCCUGGGCAUGAUGUUGUGGUUGGACACGACGCCACACCACACUAAGACGGACAAGAAGAGACUGGCCAUCUUCGCAGGAGUCGCCCUCUUCUUAGGUGUUGGUCUCGGCCCCACAACGGACUUUGUCAUCGCCAUCCAUCCGAUCAUCAUUGUGAUGGCUUUCCUCUGGACCUCGGUGAUCUUCGUCUGCUUCACCUUCAGCGCCCUGUACGCCAAGCGCAGGAGCUACCUGUUCCUCGGAGGAACCCUGAUAUCUGGUCUCUCCCUCCUGUUCCUGUUGUCCAUGAUGAAUGUGUUCUAUGGAGCUGUGAUGAUGUUCAAGGCUCACAUGUACCUGGGGCUGAUCAUCAUGUGCGGCUUCGUCCAGUCCGACACUCAACCCAUCGAGGAGGAGGCAGAGAGCGGAGACCAUGACUGCGUCUGGCACUGUGUGGAUCUGUUCAUGGCGGUCAUCACCUCGGUCAGGAAAGUGAUGGCCAUCCUCAAUUUGGACCAAGAGGACAAGAAGACGGAGAAGAAAUCUAACCCCACAUUGAAGGAGGUCUGCUUCAGCCUGGCCUGGGCUCUGUUUUCAACCGGCGCCGGCUUCUACGGCUACGUCAUCUUACAGAUCCUCCAGGUAACGAGACCCAGCAGCUACCUGCACAGGUUGAUCCUCAUCAUCAAUACUAGUUGUGCCACUGGGGGAAGUUCAUAG